UAUCAAACAAGGGUUGGAAUGUUAAGGGGUGUCUCUUUCGACCUGCAUUGAACUUUUCUUCCUUCACAUAUUUAAUGUGCUUGCUUAUUUCUUCAGCUUUGAAUUCUCAACUGUCGCGCGUUAGGCAACAUUCACCUCCUCGUCUCCUUAUUGCACUAUUGCCCUCAACUCCACCAGAGGAGACAACCCUGCCCUUUGCCAUGUGUGAUACUGUCAAUUGAGCAUUCUACUGGAGUUUUGGUGUUCGAAAGGUUACCGGGCGUGUGCAUGAGAACAUGGCCGACACGCCGCCCCCGCAACCUCCUUCGUCCUGGAACUUUAGCUCCAUGAUUGGGAGUGUCGUUCAGUUCCUCAGAUUGCCGGUCCUUGCUUCCUCUGGACUUGCAGUGGUUGCAAGUGGGAUGCUUUACUUUAAGCAAAACGAUAUCAUCUACCCCCGUAAUUUCCCCGCCGGUUCCCGGACAGACGUCCCCAAACCCUCUGAAUUCGGCAUGCUAGACUUUGAAAAUCUGCGCAUCCCCACUCCCGACGGCGAAAUUCUGUCUGCAUUUUUCAUCCGCCCACCAAUCAAGGAUGUCAAGCCUAAACUUACUGCACUUCUCUUCCACGGUAACGCCGGCAACAUCGGACAUCGCAACCCCAUUGCUGAGGUUCUUGGGAAAAUAUUGAAUUGCAACGUCCUAAUGCUGGAAUAUCGUGGCUAUGGCUUGUCCACAGGGACUCCAGACGAGAACGGUUUGAAGAUUGACGCACAGACCGGCCUGGACUAUCUGAGACAACGUCCAGAGACGCGUGACACCAAGAUCCUAGUCUAUGGACAAAGCUUAGGAGGAGCUGUGUCGAUUAAUCUUGUUGCGAGAAAUCAGGAUCACGGUGAUAUUGCGGGAUUGAUCUUGGAGAAUACCUUUUUAAGUAUUAGGAGGUUGAUUCCUAGUGUGUUUCCUGCAGCAAAGUAUAUGACGCGACUGUGUCAUCAGCAAUGGGCGAGUGAGGAUAUGCUGCCCAAAAUUCAGGACAUCCCAAUUUUGUUUUUGAGUGGACUGAAAGAUGAAAUUAUUCCCGCUUCACACAUGGCGGAACUUUACAAAAUCUGCAGAGCAAAAACCAAGAUUUGGCGAACCUUCCCCAAUGGCUCGCAUAAUGAUACUGUUGCAGAGCCAGGAUACUUUGAACAUAUUUACUCCUUUGUUGUUGAUGAAGUUCUGGAUUAAAUUACGCCCCUUCAAAUACAACCCUUGUGUUUGAAUUUACUUGUGGGUGUGAUAGACUACAUAUAUUCUUUCUUUUUUACAUCUAUGGAAAAGCGAAGAGCGCAACCCGGCGCAUAACCAUAAAUAUUUUAAUACAUAUUCCCCUUCUGAGACGAUC